AUGGCAGACAGCGACGACUAUGGUGACGAAUUCGAUGACACCGAGUUUCUGUAUGCUGCAACCCAGGCCGAGCGCGAAAACACGCCUUCCGCAUUCCAGCCAUCACCCAGGCCUGCCAAGCGUCGCAAGGUCAACCAGACAGUAGAUGACAGGCCCAAGCCCAUUCCACGCCACCACAAUCAACAAAGUGCUCAACGACGACGACGAGGUCCCUUCAUAUCCUCAGACGACGACGACGACGACGACGACUCAGAUGCCAUUACCCGUUGCUCGCUUACCAGCUCUGGCUCAGAAAGUACUCAUGAUUCGCCACAUGUUCAAGAGAACCAUCGGGACGCACAGCAUGCCCGUCGUAAGCAGAGGACUGCGGCGAGGCGCAAGCAUGUCCUCGACUCCCCCAACCAACAGCAUUCGCCUGUGAAAGAGACGGUGGCGCAGAAGCGGAAAGAACGCAUCCAUGUGCCCACUACCCAUCUGGACAUGACCGACAUGUUCUACACCCAGCCGCCGCAAGAACACUCACCACCAUGGAAACCUCGAGGCGCAAUCUGGGCAAAAUCCAAGACCACGAUUGGGGUGCAUAAGCCCAACGAGCCUGCCAGGUGGACAGCACUCGAUGCUAUGAAAACCAUGUCGCUGCCCGGACGAAAUUCCUUGUCAUCACGGCCGCAACCUCAAGCACCGCCGUCUCCAGGCACAUUAAACUCACCUGUACAGACAGAGCCAUCUCCACAGCUGCCUUUGGUAAACGCAGCUACAAUACCUGAUGACUUCACCCUUGAGCUUGAAGACCUGCCGUCUGAUGCCUUUGCGUCCUCCUCGUCCUCAUCACCCCAGAAACAGCCUUCAGCUCGCAAACAAGUUGUGGCUCCUCAAGCAUCGCUACGACAAACCACACUCUUUGGGCGUGCAGCUGUCAAUGCAGACUUGCCGCCCUCACAGGCGAAAAAUCGUUACAGUUUUGUGCAAGACCAAAAAGAGGAGCCCCCAACGCACCACAAGUUGAAUCCCGUGGCGACCAGAACCUGGGUCUAUCCGACGAAUCUUGGCACCAUUCGAGACUAUCAGUUCAACAUCGUACAGAGGGGUUUAUUUAACAACCUGCUGGUGGCUCUGCCCACAGGUCUGGGAAAGACUUUUAUCGCCGCGACCAUCAUGCUCAAUUGGUAUCGCUGGACCGUCGACUCGCAGAUUGUAUUUGUGGCACCCACGAAACCGCUCGUAGCCCAACAAGUGCAAGCUUGUUUCAAAAUCGCAGGUAUUCCGCGCUCAGCUACAACUAUGCUAACAGGUAACGUGCAAACCGGGCUCAGAGCGGAGGAAUGGAAGGAAAAACGCGUGUUUUUCAUGACCCCUCAGACUCUUCAGAAUGAUCUAAAGUCGGGAUACGCCGACCCCAAGAAAAUCGUGCUGCUCGUAGUGGACGAAGCGCAUCGGGCCACGGGAGGCUACGCGUACGUUGAAAUCGUCAGUUUUCUGAGGCGGUUCAACGACAGUUUCCGCGUCUUGGCCCUGACAGCAACUCCUGGCGCCAAUGUGGAAGCCGUGCAAAAGGUCAUUGAUGGAUUGGACAUUUCAAGAGUGGAGAUCCGCACAGAAAACUCCAUGGACAUUUGCAGCUAUGUGCACCAACGCAGCGUCGAGAAGAAGGUCUUUCAAAAUAGUGAUGAGAUGGAAAUGUGUAUGGACCUCUACAGACAGGCCUUGCAACCCCUAGUAAACACCAUUUCAGGCCUCAACGCCUACUGGAGUAAAGAUCCAUGCGACUUGACACCCUAUGGUUGUCAGCAAGCCAAGUCAAAGUGGACUCUUGAAGCUGGUCGGCAUGCAAACCAAGGCGUGAAAUCUAUAGUUCACGCUGUAUUUGCGAUACUGUCCUCCAUCUCGCAGGGCAUGGAAUUGUUGAAAUAUCACGGCAUAGGCCCUUUUCACGUCAAGAUGAAGGACUUUCAAAAUGAAAGCCAAAAGUCCAAAUCCAAGUACAGGAAGCAAAUACUGGACAGCGAUGCUUGGAAAAAGCUCAUGAGUCGAUUGCAGGGGUGGAUGACUGACGAUAACUUUGUUGGACAUCCGAAAAUGGAAUAUCUCCAGGAAGCCAUCUUGGAACACUUUGCGAAUGCAGAAGACGGUCACAAUGCCAAUGGCGCAUCCAGUUCUCAAACGAGAGUAAUGGUCUUUGCCAAUUUCCGUGAUAGUACGGAUGAGAUUGCUCGUAUUCUAAAGAGGCACGAGCCGAUGAUCCGUCCUCGAGUGUUUGUUGGACAAGCUGCGGGCAAGAAUUCCGAGGGUAUGACGCAGAAGGAUCAGUUAGAUGUCAUUGAGAAGUUCAAGUCGGGCGUCUACAAUACCCUCAUAGCAACAUCAAUUGGCGAAGAAGGUCUGGAUAUCGGCGAGGUUGACUUGAUCAUCUGUUACGAUUCGAAAGCAUCUCCUAUUCGCAUGUUGCAGCGCAUGGGCCGUACUGGACGGAAACGCGAGGGCAAGAUCAUCAUGCUUCAGAUGAAUGGCAAGGAAGAGAAUGAUGCGAACAAAGCCAAGGACAGUUACGAGAAGAUGCAGGAGCUCAUUGCAAAGGGGUCGCAUUUCAACUUCCACGACGAUAAAUCGCGCCGAAUCUUACCACCGGAUGUGAAGCCGGUCGUGGAUCGGCGAGUAGUAGAAAUACCACCGGAGAACUCUCAAUAUGACUGGCUACCAGAGCCGAAGAAAGGGCGUCGAAGCAAGAAGCCUCCCAAAAAGUUUCAUAUGCCGGACAACGUCAUCACCGGGUUCGUUACGGCAGGCCGAAUGGGCGAGGAAUUAGUAUCGAAAGGCCGAGGAAAGAAGGUAGCGACACCAGUGUAUCCAAGCGAGGAGAUCAUCGAGGUACCAUCGCUAGAAUCUGUUGUAUUAGAUGAUGCAGGCCUGCUUGAUCUUGAGCGCCGGUACCAGACUGUGUUCGACGAUGAUGAUGCACCCAUGGUUGGCGCGCUGAAUCUUGGCCUUCAUCCCGAGCGCCAGCGGGCCUUGAUUUAUGCCAAUCACAACACCGGACCAGGGCGUGCAACCAGAGCCUUUGCUGCUACCAUGCAGCGUAUGCAUGAUGUGGAUAGCGACCGAGUGGAGAGUUUCAAGAAUAAUCUACACUACUCCGACUACGAAUCAGACAUCAGUCAUGACUAUCUUGUGUCUGAUGCGGAGCCAGCACCUGCUGAGAUGGACGAUGCUGAUGACCCUUGGGCUGAUGAUGAUCCUGCCUCACAAACUCUACCAACUAUCAAAGUAACAAAGGCUAAGCCAGGGCCGAAACCGAAACCGAAGACAAUGGCGAAAGAGACAGAUGAAUCAAGAAAAAAGGCAAAAGCCACACCCAAGACUCCAGCUGCGCGCGGUCGACCACGGAAAGAAGCGUUAGCAGUGGAGACACCAAUUCGCCAGUCGAAGGCGACCAGCGCAACACCCCACACAGCGACACCAAACUGGCGUGCUACUGGGUUGGCGCAAGAGGGUGAAGAGUCGUCUCCACCACCUACAGACCCCCGCUUCCACAUUGCCUCUCAGGCUGACACUGUUGGCUCUGACGAUACCCUAGGCGAGGAUGAGGUAGAAGACACGCAAGCGUAUCUGAUGGACUCUGAACUCGCCAGCUUCAUCGUCGAAGAUGGAGACGUGGAGGUUCCCGCAUCCAGUCUACCCAGUCUCGAUCUCCACGGAGUAGGUCAGGGCACGCAAGCUAUUGUCAAAGCAGCUCAGCCCAAGCGUACACCACGGCGCGAGAAGAUUUUCACCAGCGACGUUACGGACGACGAUGCGGUUGUGAGCAGUGACAGCGAUGAUGAGGUGUCGCUCGUCAAAUCGCGUGCUGGCACAAGCAAGAAAGCAGCCGUCAUUGUUGCAGACUCUGAUUCUGAGGGUGGCAGCGAGGAAGAGGAACGCGUUUUGCCCAGGAUACGGCAAAGGAGGGUGAUUGACGAUGAAGAAGAUGAUGAUUGA